CGCGCCUGCGCCGUCUGUGCUCCGCGCCUGCGCGCGCGACCAGGGUCAAAGGGCGCGCGGCGGCGCCUGCGCAGAGGGGCGCGGUGCGGCAAGAUGGCGGACAAAGAGAAGAAGAAGAAAGAGAGCAUCUUGGACUUGUCUAAGUACAUCGACAAGACGAUCCGCGUGAAGUUUCAGGGAGGCCGCGAAGCCAGUGGCAUCCUGAAGGGGUUCGACCCGCUGCUCAACCUCGUGCUGGACGGCACCGUGGAGUACAUGAGAGACCCCGACGACCAGUACAAGCUCACAGAGGACACCCGCCAGCUGGGCCUGGUGGUGUGCAGGGGCACCUCUGUGGUGCUCAUCUGCCCGCAGGACGGCAUGGAGGCCAUCCCCAACCCCUUCAUCCAGCAGCAGGACGCCUAGCGGGCGCCGUCGGCCGCCCAAGGACUCGGAGCUGCCCUCCCCUGCCACGUGUGCCCCAUGGGACGGUGCUCUCCUUUUUAUAUCGGUUAUGUUUCUGUUUUCGUAAUAAAACUGCAGACCCCAAGUG